UCCCGAGCUCCAUGCAGCCGCCGGGGCCGGGAGACGGGCGCAGGCCGCUGCGCUCCGAGAAGAGCGGCUGUGGCAGAGGGGUCCGCGGCUCCCCUGGGAAGGACGGAGCCAGGCAGCCCUGCCUCUUCCCUGCUGCAAGCGGGAGAGCUGCUGCCCCCCGCCGAAGCACCGGGCACCUCUGGCCCUCUCAUUCUGGCGCGCGGCGAUUUCAAAAGGGCCUUGGCAGAGAGUCAGGCCAGGAAAAGAACCACAUUUUCUGGUCAUGGCUCGGCCCUGGAAGUCCUCACUGCCUUGAUGAGGAAAGGGAUGAUAAACACGAUGCACAUCCUGCCGCAGAACAAUCAGCGGAGUCCAAGCACUUCGUUGCAGGGGGUGGGCAGAGCUCUGCUGCCUUCCAGGGGCUGGGACGGUCUGCGCAGCGUGGGCACCGCGCAGCUUACGGCCCUGCCGGCUCCACGGGGGCCGGGCUUGUGCCUGAGCCGGAAUCGCCGCCGCUCCAGAGAGCUCCUGUCUGCUGGGGACCCGAGGGCACGCGCGGCUUCUCCUUCGUAACUGCGCCGAGAGCAGGUGCAAGGCCUCGGCGCUGCCGGCUCAGGCACCAGCGGGAAUGGCCCUUCUCCAGAGCUGGCACGCGCUGUCUCUGCUCUGCCUCCUCUUGCCUGGAGGUGGAAAACCGCAGGGCUCGGCAGACCGUGGGAAAGUGGCGCUGCCGGAAGCAGCCGGAGCAGCGGGUCGGGGAGCCCCAGGGGCGUCCCAGCCCCUGCAGAGUGGCCAUCUCCCCCGAGGAGCCGGCGGUGGAGCUCGGCAGCUCCAUCGUCCUCAACUGCACCAGCUCCUGCCUCAACUACAGCAAGCUGAGCUGGGAGGUCUCCGUGCCGAAGCUGCUGACGCAGGGCCCCGGCUGGGUGUCCCUCAGCAUCCCCAACGUCUCCGACUGGCACCUGGAGCUCCAGUGCUUCGGCGUCUUCGGGACGGAGCGGGACGUCACCGCCACCACGCUCCACGGCUACAGGCUCUUGCUGCUGCAGAUCUACCCGAGCAAUGAGAUCGUGGCGGGCAGAGAGGCGCACGUCGCCUGCAACGUCUCCAGCCAGCUCUCGCCCUCGGGUCUGCCGGGCCUCACGCUGGCGCUCAGCACCCACGGGAUCCCGCUGAACACCAGCCACGGCCGCACCUCGGUGGUGCACAGCUUCACGGCGCGCCGGGAGCAGGACGGCGACGUGGUGGCCUGCGAGGCCGUGCUGCGCCUGGGCCGGCGCAGGCUCAACGCCAGCGCCACGAUCGCGCUGCAGGUCUGGGCUGCGCCCUACGACGUGCACGUCUCGGCCGCCCCGGCCGCCUUCGCCGCCGGCGACAACCUCACGGUGACGUGCCGGGCCGUGGGCAACCCGCCGCCGCGGCUCCGCUGGGAGCUGCCCUCCAACGCCAGCCUGGAGCUGCGGGACGGCGGGGCCACCGUGGCCGUGCGGGAGGCCCAGCGCCAGCACGCCGGCACCUACCGCUGCCUGGCCAGCAACAGCUACGGAGCCGGCUCGGCCCAGGCGGACGUCCUCUUCCGAGGGUCCCCCCGCAGCCCGCUGGUGCCCGUGGUCGUGGCGCUGGCCGUGGCCGUGGCGCUGGUCGCCGUCGUCACCAUCUGGUACCUGACCCACACCCACGGAUGGAGACCGAUGCAGGACGGGGGCCGGCCGGGCUAGCGCCGCCCGCGCCGAGGCUGCCCGGCCGCGCGCUCGGGGCUGUACGCGCAAGCCGAAAAGAGAUUUCCUCCUACAAGAAAA